CGGAACAUUCCUGCGCUUCUCCUUCCUCCUUCAUCCGUCCUCCUCCUUUCUUUUGAGUCCUGCCUCCUUCCUCCUCUCUCUCUCUUUUUAGCAAGAAGAGAAACAUGGUGGCGACGAGGAGUUCAAUUUCUUCUAAGCGUUCUCAUUCUUCUCCCUCCACAUCUUCUUGUCCGAAAUCCAAGCGCUCAAAGGGAGAGGAGGCGGCAGCCUCGUCGUCGGAGGAUCGCGCGAAUACGAAGGAGCUCGCGGUGACUUGCGAUGCGAGUCAGCCAACUGGAGAUCUGGAUGUAGAUCUCCUUGUUGAUGCUUCUGCUAAUCCAGAGGAUAAGCGGGCAGAGGGCGGCUCGGAAGAGAGUUCUACAAUUAAUUUUUCUUCAAGAGAGACGGAGCAAUUGAUGAAGAUGCUGCCUGCCUUGGAACUGCCGACGAUGAAAGGGAAGGCCUGGCCGCAGAAGGCAGCCUGGGCCAAGCUCAUAUCGCAAUGCUCCCAGGGUGUAAUUGUGAAUGGAAUUCAAUAUGGAAGCAAAUCUGGGGAUGCAUCAACUUUCGCCGGAGCAUCCAUACUUGCCUCCUUAUCUAAUCCGAGAAAGGGCGAGGUCACUCGAACUUCCCCAGCAUUUAAUGGAGAAAAUGAACUGGAAAGAGUUGAAACUGCUGCUUUGACUUCUGCUCCCAUUGCAUCAGGCUCCAUUCCAGGAUCUGAUUGUGAUUUCCAUUUGAGGGAUAGUACUGACCAGAAUGUGGUUGCUAUUGCUGAUGGAAAUAAGGCUACUGCUGUUGUUCCUGUUGAUAUCGCUUCUACCUUGGGCGUUGAUGCUUAUUUCGAUGCAGAAUUGGUGAAAAGACCUGGCCCAAAUAUGGAGUUAAGGCCACGUCUACGAAUGCUUGAAAAAUCUUCUAAGGCUGAACUGGAUUUGAGCGGUAAUCUAUUCAGAACUUCUGAAGUUCAGAGGGAGCUCCAGAAGGAUGUUUUAGGUUCAACAGCGAAUUUAAUCAGUUCCAGAUCCCAAAAAUUCAAGGAGCAGCUUAAACAUGGAAUUCUUAGCUCUCGUGAACAAGUUUCUUUUGAAAAUUUUCCUUACUUUCUGAGUGAAAAUACAAAAAUUGCUCUCUUAUCAUGUGCAUAUAUUCAUCUGGAACUCAAGGAAUUUGCAAAAUAUUCUGCUAACAUUUCAUCCUUAAAUCCACGCAUUCUACUUUCGGGUCCUGCAGGAUCUGAAAUAUAUCAAGAAAGUUUGGCAAAGGCACUCGCUAAUCACUUUGAUGCUAGAUUGCUUAUAGUAGAUUCCUUGAUUUUACCGGGUGUUUCAUCAUCAAAGGAUUCAGAAUCUCUUAAAGAAGGUGGGAGAGGCGAAAAAUCGGGUGGUUUUACCAAACAGAGAUCUACAUUGACUGAUACUGUUCAUCAUAGAAGACCAGCGUCCAGUGUAGAGGCUGAUAUUGUAGGAACAUCUAGUUUAAAUUGCCAAUCCUUACCAAAGCAAGAGUCCUCAACAGCAUCUUCAAAGAACUACACUUUUAAAGAAGGGGAUAGAGUAAAAUAUGUUGGUCAGAUGCUUUCCUCUGGACUGCCUUUUCCAUCUCAGAGGGGUCCACAUCAUGGGUUUCGUGGUAAAGUUAUGUUAGCAUUUGAGGAAAAUGGAUCAUCCAAAGUUGGGGUAAGAUUUGACCGGCAGAUAGUUGAAGGCAAUGAUCUUGGGGGUCUUUGUGAAGAGGAUCAUGGCUUCUUCUGUGGGGCUGACAUGCUUCGACUGGACUGCUCUGGAGCUGAUGAUUCUGAAAGGCUAGCUAUCAAUGAAUUAUUGGAGGUUGUUACCGAAGAAAGUAAACGCGGGCCUCUGAUUGUUUUCUUGAAGGAUGUAGAGAAAUCUAUGGGCAGUAAUGUAGAAUCCUAUCUAACUUUCAAGAGCAAGGCUGAGUCUAUUCCUGCAGGAGUCUUGCUGAUUGGCUCUAACAUACAGAUGGAUAACCGAAAAGAAAAGUCUCAUCCUGGUGGACUUCUUUUCACAAAAUUUGGAAGCAGCCAAACGGCCCUGCUUGAUUUUGCCUUCCCAGAUAAUCUCAGUAGGAUGCAAGAAAGAAAUAAAGAAAUUCCCAAGGCAAUGAAGCAGUUGUGCAGGCUCUUUCCAAAUAAAGUUACUAUUCAGCUUCCGCAGGAUGAAGUCCAACUUUUGGAUUGGAAGCGACAAUUGGAUCUUGAUGUUGAAACUCUCAAAGCUCAAUCCAAUAAUUCCAGUAUCUGUUCAUUCCUAAACCGCAACGGCCUUGAGUGCAGUGAUCUAGAAAAAAUAUACAUAAAGGAUCAAACUCUUAGCAAUGAAAGUGUUGACAAAAUAGUUGGUUUUGCUCUUAGUCACCAUCUCAAGAACAAUAACGAACGGAUUAAUCCCAAGGAUGCUAAGCUUGCCCUCUCCAGUGAAAGCAUCAUGUAUGGUCUUAGCUUGCUUCAAAGCUUGCAAAGUGAUACUAAAAGUUCAAAGAAAUCACUAAAGGAUGUGGUCACAGAAAACGAGUUUGAGAAAAGGCUUUUGGCUGAUGUUAUUCCACCUAGUGAAAUUGGUGUUAGUUUUGAUGACAUUGGGGCUUUAGAACAGGUUAAAGACACGUUGAAGGAGUUAGUGAUGCUUCCUUUGCAACGACCAGAAUUAUUUAACAAAGGGCAGUUGACUAAGCCUUGCAAAGGAAUACUGCUUUUUGGCCCCCCAGGCACCGGCAAAACAAUGCUUGCGAAAGCUGUUGCAACGGAGGCGGGUGCAAAUUUUAUUAACAUUUCAAUGUCUAGCAUCACAUCAAAGUGGUUUGGUGAGGGGGAAAAAUAUGUAAAAGCUGUAUUCUCCUUAGCAAGUAAAAUUGCUCCCAGCGUUAUUUUUGUUGAUGAGGUUGACAGUAUGCUGGGUAGAAGGGAAAAUCCAGGAGAGCAUGAAGCCAUGCGCAAGAUGAAAAAUGAAUUUAUGGUGAACUGGGAUGGGUUGCGCACAAAAGAUAAAGAGCGUGUUAUUGUUCUUGGAGCUACCAAUAGGCCAUUCGAUCUUGAUGAGGCUGUCAUAAGGAGACUGCCACGGAGAUUGAUGGUUAAUUUGCCGGAUGCGUCAAAUAGAGAAAAGAUUUUGAAAGUCAUACUAGCCAAAGAAGACUUGGGAUCAGAAGUAAAUUUUGAAGCAGUUGCCAAUAUGACUGAUGGAUACUCUGGAAGUGACCUAAAGAAUCUUUGCGUGACUGCUGCACAUCGGCCUAUUAGAGAAAUUUUGGAGAGGGAAAAGAAGGAGAGAGAUCAAGCACUUGAACAAGGAAAACCCUUCCCACCGUUGCGGAGCUGGGUGGACAUUCGUCCUCUUGGGAUGGAUGACCUGAAAUAUGCACAUGAGCAGGUUUGUGCGAGCGUCUCCUCUGAAUCAACGAAUAUGAGCGAGCUUCUGCAGUGGAAUGAGUUGUAUGGAGAGGGUGGAUCCAGGAAGAAAAAGGCACUCAGCUAUUUCAUGUAGAAAGCCCAUUUGUUUUGCAGUUCUCA